AUGCCGCCAGCCGCUAGAGACGACACCGAUAAGCAACAGGCCGCACAGCAGGCUGUUGACAUUCUACAUGAGAUAUCCACCAUUCUCAAUUGUCAUCUCGAUCGUCGCACGCUGUCAAUCUGCAUCUCCAUGAUCGAGAAUGGCGUAAACCCGGAGGCACUCGCGAACGUUGUCCAAUUUCUGCGUAAGGAAGCACAAAAGGUCGAGUUCGCGCAGGAAACCGGUCGAUGA